UGGGAGGCAGCAAUGCUCUCAGUGCACACAAGAAGAAGAGGAGGACAGAGUGGGCGGGGCCAGCUGCUGUAAGACCUGCGGUGGCAAACCUAGUUAGCUGUCCCCCAGAUCUCUCCGUCCUGACCUUGGACUCCGUCGCCCUGAAGCUCUCCGCUCCCUGGCGUUUGGUGAGAAGAAGAAGCCUGGUCCGGUUCUCCGCCGUCGUUCCCGGUCUGAAGUUCCACACCACAGCCUCUCCCAUGACGGGUGCGACGGUGCAGCAGUUCGAGGAGGCCAAGAGCAAACUGUCGGCGCUGAAGAACGACCCGGGCAACGAGGCCAAGCUGAAAAUCUACGCUCUCUUCAAACAGGCCACUCAGGGUCCCUGCAACACCCCCAAACCAGGCAUGCUGGACUUUGUCAACAAGGUUAAAUGGGAGGCGUGGAAAUCUCUGGGCUCCGUACCACAGGAUGAAGCCAGGCAGCAGUACUGCGACCUGAUUGGCUCCCUGGUGGCGGCAGAAGGUGGAAGCUCCGCCCAGGUGGCAGCUCAGCCCGCUGGGAGCGGGACGACGUACGAGACGCUAUUGGUCACCACGGAGGACGGCAUCACCACCAUCAAACUGAACCGACCGGCCAAGAAGAACGCCAUCACUACUGAGAUGUACUCUGAGAUCAUGGCAGCUCUGCAGCAGGCGGCUAAAGACGACUCGGUCCUCACUGUUUUCACUGGAGCUGGAGAUUUUUACUCCAGUGGAAACGACCUGAGCAACUUCACCAAGAUCCCCGAGGAAGGGGUGGAGGAGAGCGCCAAACGUGGGGGAGAGCUGCUCCGGGAGUACGUGAAGGCCUACAUCGACUUCCCGAAGCCGCUGGUCGCCGUGGUGAACGGACCGGCUGUGGGGAUCGCAGUCACAGUGUUGGGACUGUUCGACCUGGUCUACGCUACAGAGAGGGCCACCUUCCAGACUCCCUUCAGCCAGCUGGGUCAGAGCGCCGAGGGCUGCUCCUCCUACACCUUCCCCAAAAUAAUGGGCCUCGCCAAG